AUGGCGCAGAAAGGACUUCACCUGGACCAAGAAACCUUUUCUUGUUCGAUUUGUUUGGAGGUUUUAAAGGAUCCGGUGACUAUUCCCUGUGGACACAGUUACUGUAUGAACUGUAUUAAAACCUACUGGGAUGGAGAAAAGGAGAGGAAACUCCCCAGCUGUCCUCAGUGUAGAUACACAUUUAAACGGAGGCCUGUGCUGGUGAAAAACACCAUGUUAGCAGCUUUAGUGGAGCAGUUGAAGAAGACUGGACUCCAAGCUGCUCCUGCUGAUCACUGCUAUGCUGGACCUGAAGAUGUGGCCUGUGAUUUCUGCUCUCGAAGAAAACUGAAAGCUGUCAAGCCCUGUUUAGUCUGUCUGGCCUCUUACUGCAAGAAACACCUUCAACCUCAUCAUGAUUCAUCUACAUUCAAGAAACACAAGCUGGUGGAUCCCUCCAAGAACACAGUGUCAGCUGCAGCAGAAAGGACUGAGAGGCAGAGAGAGAUGGAGGUGAGUCGACAACAAGUCCAGCAGGAGAUCCAGGACAGAGAGAAAGAUGUGAAGCUGCUUCAGCAGGAGUUGGAGGCCAUCAAUCAGUCUGCUGAUAAAACAGUGGAGGACAGUGAGGAGAUCUUCACUGAGCUGAUCUCUCUCCUCCAGAAGAGAAGCUCUGAUGUGAAGCAGCAGAUCAGAUCCCAGCAGGAAACUGAAGUGAGGAGAGUCAGAGAGCUUGAGGAGAAGCUGCAGCAGGAGAUCACUGACCUGAAGAGGAGAGACGCUGAGAUGAAGCAGCUCUCAGACACCGAAGACCACAACCAGUUUCUCCACAACUACCCCUCACUGUCACCACUCAGUGAGUCCACACACUCCUCCAGCAUCAGCAUCCGUCCUCUCAGGUACUUUCAGGAUGUGACAGCAGCUGUGUCAGAGGUCAGAGAUCUACUACAGGACAUCCUGAGAGACACGUGGACAAACAUCUCCGUGGCCAUCACUCAUGUGGAUGUAUUAUUGUCACAACCAGAACCAGAACCAAAGAGCAGAGCUGGAUUCUUGAAAUAUUCAUGUGAAAUGACUCUGGAUCCAAACACAGCACACACACGACUGUUACUGUCAGAGCAGAACAGCAAGGUGACUUUAAUGAAGAAACAUCAGUCUUAUUCUAGUCAUCCAGACAGAUUCAGUGAACGUCAUCAGGUCCUUAGUAGAGAGAGUCUGACUGGACGUCAUUACUGGGAGGUGGAGAAGAAAGCAGGUAAAGUUGAUGUAGCAGUUACAUACAAUAAUAUCAUCAGAUCAGGGGGGUGGGAGGAAAGUGGUUUUGGAGGAAAUGACAAAUCUUGGUCACUAUGUUGGUACUCAGACAUAUAUAUAUUUUGUUACAACAACAUCCAAACCUCCAUCUCAGGUCCUCAGAGCUCCAGAAUAGGAGUUUACCUGGAUCACAGAGCAGGUGUUCUGUCCUUCUACAGCGUCUCUGAAACCAUGACCCUCCUCCACAGAGUCCAGACCACCUUCACUCAGCCGCUCUACGCUGGAGUCUGGGUUUACCGUCCUGGACACUCAGCUCAGUUCUGUAAACUCAAAUAG